AUGUUUGAUAUACCUGAAGAAGUUACAUGGGCCAUUUUGGUAGCGAUCAUCAUAUAUCUGAUCAAGACGAUAUGGUUCACACCUCCCCCACCAGUCGUUGCACCAAGACCUAAGCCAGUAUAUGAGAAGCGCGAUUAUACAUUGGAGGAGCUGGCUGGAUACACUGGCAUAGACGAGACAAAUGCUAUAUUCAUCGCUAUCAAGGGCAGGAUAUUCGAUGUCAGUCCGAAGCGAUCGACCUAUGGACCAGGUGGCGACUAUCAUGUCUUUGCCGGUCACGAUGCCACACGCUGUCUUGCCAAGGCAUCGUUUGAGAAGUCUGAUCUCAACCAACCAGACACAUCAUCACUCACUCCCGACGAAUUGGACGCACUCAACAACUGGGCAUCAUUCUUUGAGGAGCGAUAUAUACUGGUGGGCAAGGUCAAGCCAAGCUCUUCUGAAUAA